AUGGGUCGCGGUGUAGUGUAUGAUACCGUUCAUGUUACAGGACUGACGGUCAUAAGCGUGCUGUCUAUCGUCACUAACUUCAUCUUUAUCAAAGUUCGCUUGAAGACACACGAGUCCAACCAGGGAUCCAUGCACUUGGCAGUCAGCUUCGCUGUUUCCAAUCUGUUAAUAUCAACUGUAGCAGCUCCUCUCAGUCUCAUUGCUGACUUCGAGGUGUUUGAAAUAAACCCGUUUGCGUGUGUAGCCCUCAACUCGCCCGCCUUGAUGUCCUUGACCUUACCCUUGAGUUUCCUCUUCGCAAUGACCGUGGAACGUGGCAUCAGUAUUUUCUGUCCUCUCCGGUAUCCGGCCAUCGUGACAUCGUCCCGGACGAGGAAAGUAACAAUUCUCAUCUGGGUGUAUGGAAUAGUUUGUCUUAUCAUCCCAAUGCUGGGCGCCAACUCCAUAGCUGACAGACAAAGGAGACAAUUAAACUUCACCGCAUGCAACAUGGCUUACGUCAUGACGGGGACAUAUGUGUGUUUCGUCACCAUGGGCAACGCAGCCCCGACGAUGACGAUUCUCUUAGGGCUGAACCUAGCCAUUGGGAUCAUAGUGACAAAACGGUACAAAGAAGAAACAUCAGUAAAGCUCCUAUUUGCGCCAUUAGAUGUUCUCCUCAAACUAAAGAAGGCCCAGCGACAGAGGAAACUGAUAAUCGCUCUUCUUUUGGUCGGACAGCUGUAUUUCGCAUCUCACGUGCUUCUCCUCGCGGCGCUGAUUAUCGAUUAUAGGGGGUUUCACUAUAGCAACAAUAACAACCUGGGUUGCUCCAUUUGA